AUGUUAAACUUGAGGUACUUCACCAGGGUCGUGGGGACAAGGGUAGUGGUGAAUGUUGAGUCGUUCUUCCUGCACGACCAUCAGCCAGCACUGGACAACCUGUUGCACGACCCCAGAGCCGACACUUAUCAACCGCCCUCCUGGCAGCAGGCAUCACAACAUGGGUCAACUGAGAACCCUCUACGUCAAUACCAAGCAGCACAGGAGCAGCUCGCACGAGACAACCUCCUCCAGGGGCUGUGGGGGGACUCAAGAACCACCUGCCGGGGACUUAUUCUCGACCUCACCUCCAGCAGCAACACCACUCACCUCGCCCUCAGGUUGGUAGAGAUGUCUGGACUGUGGCGGCUGCCGGAGACGGUGGUGGUAGCCAUAGGUGGGAGGGCGGGAGCCAGGGCCGUGCUCCUCCACCACAGUCUCCGCAACACUGUCCACGCCCUCUACCUGGCCCUCGACCACGCCCUCUACCUGGCCCUCGACCACGCCUCCCUCCACCUGGCCCUCGACCGUACCUCCCUCAACAUGGCCCUCCAUAAUGCCUUCCUACGUUCCUCUUCACUACAAGGAGGCGCAGAUCUCAGGAAGCUUCUCUCCAAGGAAG